AGCCAAAUGUUUUUUCGGUUGAUUUUCUAAAUGGAUUAUGGAAGUGGAGACACACCCUCUCACCAUCCUUUAUAUAUUAUUCCCCUAUUCUAAAAAAUUUGAAAUUGUUACAGUACUCUGUAGCUCGCAAACAGGGCAAGGCAAUGGCUGAUCACAUGAAUGGGCAAGCAAUCCAAGAAGAGUAUUUUGAUGUUCUCACGAAAACUGGAGAGAGAACUGGUAUGACGAAGCCCAGGAGAGACGUCCAUAGAGAUGGUGAUUACCAUCGAGCUGUUCAUGUGUGGUUAUUUGUUGAGAGCACACAAGAAGUCCUGCUUCAAAGACGUUCUGACUGCAAAGAUUCCUGGCCUGGGUUUUGGGACAUUUCUAGUGCUGGUCAUAUCUCUGCUGGCGAUUCAUCUCUUGUCUCAGCGAGGAGGGAGCUUCAUGAAGAGCUUGGUAUUUUACUUCCGAAGGAUGCAUUUGAACUGCUAUUUGUUUUCCUUCAAGAGAGUGUCUUAAAUGAUGGAAAAUUCAUUAAUAACGAAUUCAAUGAUGUCUAUCUUGUCACGGUAGUAGAUCCAAUUCCAUUGGAGGCCUUCACUCUUCAGGAAUCUGAAGUUUCAGCUGUUAAGUACAUAUCUGUAAAGGAGUAUAGAUGCUUGCUUGCGAAAGAAGAUCCUCAGUAUGUGACUUAUGAUGUAAAUGGGAAAUACGGUCAGAUCUUCGAAAUUUUGUCAAAAAGGUACAAACAAUAUGAUGAAGUGCGCGCUUUGACUCUACAAAAACAGCUGAACCGUUAUGCUCGUGUUUCCCUUGAAGCGGAGGUUUUAAGUCUUUCGCACGGCAACAAAGAAGCUCUGACUUUAGUUGUCAAAGCUGCAAGAAUAAUGGACCAAAUUUUCUUCCUGCAGGUCUGGUACAGCAAUCCAUCUUUAAGAGAUUGGCUGGAGCUGCAUGCUGAUGAAUCCCAAUUAAACAAGUUAAAAUGGAUAUAUUAUCUAGUCAACAAAAGUCCAUGGUCCUCUUUGGAUGAAAAUGAGGCAUUUUUGACAACUGCAGACUCGGCCGUCAUGCUGCUUCCUGAAGCUACAAAGCCAGUUGCUGGGUGGAAGGGAGUUGAGUAUAAGAAAGCAUUUCCUGUUAUGAAACCACCUGGUGCAAAUUUUUAUCCCCCAGACAUGGACAAAUUGGAAUUUGAAUUAUGGAAAAAUAGUCUUCCAGAAGAUAAGAAGAAAGAAGCAACAGGCUUUUUCAAUGUUAUCAAAAGGAAAAGUGAAAGAAUAUUGGACGAGUUACUGUCACCUGCCCAACAAAGUGGUAAUAGUGAUGCUCAUGAUCUAUAUAUUGUCCCUUACUCUGAAGAAUACAAGGCUUUCCUCACAAAAGCUUCUGAUCUACUGCACAAAGCUGGGGACUUAACCAGCUCUCCAAGUCUGAAGAAGCUUUUACAUAGCAAAGCUGCGGCCUUCCUAUCAAAUGAAUACUAUGAUUCAGAUAUUGCCUGGAUGGAACUGGAUUCGAAGCUGGAUAUCACUAUCGGCCCAUAUGAGACUUACGAAGACACAAUUUUUGGAUACAAGGCCACUUUUGAGGCAUUCAUUGGAGUUCGGGACGAUGAGGCAACAGCUCAAGUUAAAUUAUUUGGUGACAAUUUACAGGUCUUGGAGAAGAAUCUCCCAAUGGACAAUGUUUAUAAGUCAGAAGAUGUGAUUGCAGCCCCAAUUCGGGUCGUCCGGCUUAUUUAUAAUGCCGGGGAUGUGAAGGGUCCACAAACUGCGGCAUUUAAUCUUCCAAAUGAUGAACGCAUAGUAAAGGACAGAGGAACCUCUAUGGUCAUGCUCAAGAAUGUUUCAGAAGCAAAGUUCAAACUUAUUCUUCAGCCUAUAGCUGCUGUAUGCAUAAGAGAGGAACAACGCAAAUAUGUGGACUUUGAUUCUUUCUUCACUCACAUAAUUUGUCAUGAGUGCUGCCAUGGUAUUGGACCUCAUACUAUAACCCUUCCGAACGGUCAAAAGUCUACUGUGAGAUUGGAGUUGCAAGAACUUCACUCAGCUCUGGAAGAAGCUAAAGCUGAUAUUGUUGGCCUUUGGGCUCUAAGAUUUCUUGUUAACAAGAAUUUACUUCCAAACACCUUGAUCAAAUCCAUGUACGUUUCUUUCCUUGCUGGUUGCUUCCGUUCUGUACGUUUUGGCUUAGAGGAAGCUCACGGGAAGGGACAAGCUUUACAGUUUAACUAUUUAUUCCAGAAAGGCGCCUUCGUUUUGCAUCCUGAUGAGACAGUUUCUGUCGACUUUGAUAAGGUUGAAAAUGCUGUUGAGAGCUUAAGUAGAGAGAUUCUUACAAUACAAGGAAGAGGCGACAAAGACGCUGCAAAGGCGCUUCUGUCGAACCAUUCUGUGAUGUCACAACCACUGAAAUCUGCGCUUGAAAAACUGGAGGCUGUUAAGGUUCCGGUGGACAUAUUGCCUGAUUUCCCGAUUGCUGAUGAAAUUUUGCGCAAGAGCGUCUGACGACAGGGUCGUGUAUAGGACUUAGAUGUUGAUUGAAGGAGGAGGAGAAGACAACGAUGACGAAGGGAAACUAUUUGUCUGUUUUAAGCCUUAGAACUGCUUCUUGAGCCAAUCUCUCUGAUUCUGUUGUUGUAAUAAAAAUUCACAGGAUGGAGCAAAUUAUUUCAAGUUCUGACAAAAUAAAUACAGGCAGUGGUUCUCUUUAA